AAGUUGCGCUUUGAUGAGUUUGAGAUUGUGAAAUUGAUGAGUGAAGACAAUGUGAUAGGGAGUGGAUCAUCUGGGAAGGUUUACAAGGUUGUUCUAAGCAGUGGUGCUGUUGUAGCUGUCAAGAAAUUAUGGAGAGAAACCAAGAAUGGAAUUGGGAUUGUUGGUUCUGAAAAAGAUGAAUUUGAUGUUGAAGUUGGAACACUAGGAAAAAUAAGGCACAAAAAUAUAGUAAGGUUGUGGUGUUGCUGGAACAGUGGUGACAGCAGGCUCCUGGUUUAUGAAUAUAUGCCGAAUGGGAACUUGACCGAUAUGUCGAAGAGUAACAAGAAAAGCUUGUUGGAUUGGCCAACAAGGUACAAGAUUGCAAUUGAUGCUGCUGAGGGGCUUUCUUAUAUGCAUCAUGGUAUUGUGCCAUCCAUUGUUCAUAGGGAUGUAAAAUCGAGCAACAUAUUGCUCGACAGCGAGUUUGGAGCAAAAGUGGCUGAUUUUGGAGUUGCCAAAAUUGUUAAUGGAACUAGCCAAGGGGCAGAGUCCAUGUCUGUAAUUGCAGGCUCUUAUGGUUACAUCGCACCAGAAUAUGCAUAUACUCUUCGGGUGAACGAAAAGAGUGAUAUUUACAGCUUUGGUGUUGUCAUUUUGGAGUUAGUAACCGAAAGACCUCCUAAUCAUGCAGAUUAUGGGAAAAAUGAUCUGGUAAAAUGGGUCUCAUCCUUGUUGGAACAGAAAGGAAUGGAUCAUGUGAUUGAUCCUGCCCUUGAUUCAACAUACAGGGAGGAAAUCAGCAAGGUACUUAGUGUGAGGUUUCUCUGCACAAACGUUCUCCCUAUAAACCGCUCUGCAAUGUGGUGGGUGGUGAAAAUGCUUCGGGAAGCAGCAACGGUUCCCAGAUCCUGAAGCGUUAGGGAGGUAACACACUCCCCUUAUUUUGAUAGAGAUUUCUUAUCGUGAAAGAAGCAUAGUUCGAGAACUUGUAAAUAUUUUGCAUAGCUCCAUCGGAUGGAACCCUCCUAUGAAGGUCCCUACUCCCUACUCACUGUAGUCGCACAUCGACAGAGAAAAGAAAAGCAUAGUCAUUAUAACCUUCUCCCCGUGUCUCUUUGUUCGCCGAGUUGUGUACCGCCAGCUUGUGACCCAAGUGGGGGCAAUUAAGGUGAUGGAACAAGUGCUCUGGCCUGCUAGGUUGGGUUGCAAGGGCUAAUUGUCGGCCUGCCCACUCCAAGUUGAGAGUUGGGCCCGGUAGUCUGGGCGAAGGCCCAAGGCCCCUCGGCCCCUAGAAUGGAGGGUAAUGCGCGAGGCUGGCUUAACAGAGCAGCGAUCACUUCCUUCUCCCAACAGUGGAGGGAUCACAGGCCACUGUUCUUCUGGCCCAAUAUAGCCUGGUAGGCCUAGCAUCCUGGACCAUCAUUUUUUAUAAUUUAUAUUUCUCAACGUUAGGAGAAAAAAGAAAGGCUGUUCUUUUACUCGGUUUCCGAUUUAUUAAACACAAUCUUUAUUCUUUAUACCUUGCGAUCCCAUUCUAGGAACAUCAUAUACUUCAUGCUGAUGCUCUUUGUUAUUUGCAUGGAGCGAUUAGAUUGCUUUAUCAAUAAACAUGUCUCAGAUGGAAUUUGGGAUCCUAUUGCUAUUUC